UCGCUGAUCGCUCUCGCUCGAUGCUGUUAAAGCAUAUUAAUAAUAUUAUAUUUUAAUUUAGGAAUAAAAAAAAAUAAAAACAAAAACAAAACUCUCUCAUUUUCGAAUUCUUUUAAAAAGAAGAUUAAUACAACAAAAACGGAAACGGAAAAGAAAAUAUUAAUUCUCCCGACUAUAUAAUAUAGAAAAUACACAAUACACAUAAAAUCGAAACUAUAAAUAAUUUCUUGGAAAAUUUUAAAUAUAUUUAAAAAAAAUAUAUUUGUUUAUUAUUUUGCUUUUCCUGUGCAUACAGAAACUACCUACAACAAUAUAUUGAUAUUUUAUUAAGAAAAUAUAAAAAUAAAUUGUAAAUCAUCGUUUUUAGUUUUUUGGUGUGUUUUGUUUCUCUUUUAUUUUUAAAUUAGUUCAUUGUCUCUAAGAUAUACGAAAACGGAAGUUAAUUGUUUUUGAACAACUACAAAAAGAAUCUACAAUCGAAAAAUUAAACGCAUCUCUUUUUAAAAAGAACACAAAUAAAUUCUCGUCACACUCACUUAAACUAAAACUUAAAGUUUAUUUUAAAUAUAAAUUCAUAGUUUAUUUUUUGGUUUUAAUUCAUUUGAAUGUGGAUCUGCGAACAAAUUCACGUAGCGGUCGGUCGUUCGUUCUUAACAUUAUAAAUCAGAAUCUAUAGACACCUAUUUUCGGUUACAUAAAUAAAAAUAAAACAAAAAAAUAUACACAUACAGUGUGCUGCCAAAUACGAAAAGUAUAAUACACAAACGACCAUUAAAUAGGAAAAAAAAUAAUAAUAAAUAAAUAAAUAGAUAGGGCGGUACAUAAUAUGAAAUUUAUGUCUCACAGUGGUAUCUCAUGCAACGCAACAACAACUACAAAUAAUAAUUAAUUCGAGUGCUUAUUAAAACAUAAUUGUUUCGAAAUUAUAAUAAAUUUCUGUGACGCAUUAUUAACAAACAACAACAAAAACAACAUCAAUAAAUUCUCAUAAUCACAACAAUAAUUAUAUUGUUUAUUUAGUGAAUAAAAAUAAAAUUAAAUUAAAACGACUUUUUGACGAAAAACGACAAAUUACUCGCAAUCGCGCCCCGUAUUGCUGCAAAAGCCUUUUAAGGAAUUUUGAGCAAUGCAAGAGUUAUCUUAAAAAGAAUUAAUCUAAGAAGAUCGUUUUCAUUUUUGAAAUUUUUGUUUGUAUGGAUUUCGAACGGAAUCAACUCGAAAAAGAUAUCCGUUGUAAACGAAAAACCUACUCUUAAGAACAAAAAUCACUCUAUAGUACUCUUAUUAGUUUAAAACUAUACAAUUUAACUUAUUUAAAAUAAAAAAGCAAUCUAAACGAAAAACAACCAAUUGUGAUAUAAAAAAAUAGUGUUUUAAUUGAUGUUAAAUUUUAAAAGCAUACAAUCUAAUCAUAAAUCAAGUAACCCAAGUAUUUAUAAAACAAUUAAUUAAUUUAACUAUUAUUUUUUUGUAUAUAAACAUAUUUACAAUGAAUAUAACUUAAAUAUAAGAAAAACGUAAACAAAAAAAUUAUAACCAAACAUAAUUUUAUAUAAGAAAAGACUACAUACUCGUACAUAUAUACUUUAAACACUUACUCAUUUUAAUUAAUACCAAAGAAAAUAAGAUUAUCUUAUAUUUACAAUUUAUAAAGCAUUACAAUUACAUAAUUAAAAAUAUAAUUAAGAAAGUCGGAGUAUUAUUUACAUAUACUAAGAAAAUCAUUUAUUUAAAACAUUAAAUACAAAAGAGGGAGAGAUUAGCAAAAACGAAAAAGCAUUAAAUUGUAAAAAAAUGUCUGAAAAAGUUGAGCAACAUCAACAUCAACAGCAACAACAACAGCAACAUAUAAAUAAUAACCAACAACGAAUUCAUAAAUCACCAGAAUUCCAAAUGUCCGGAAUGAUUCCUGGAGGAAUUACUAGAGAGAGGAGUUUUGUGAGAACUAGCAAUCAUCAGAACAUCAAUAAAAGGCGUAGUCUUGCUUUCAAUGUCCAAACGGGUAUGCAACCAAACCAAAUAAGAACAAAACCUGCCAUGGAUAUCUAUAGACCUCCAAACAUUCGACUCGAUGGUAAUUCCUUGAAUAAUAACGCAAACAACAAAUUAAACAUUAAUGCCCAGGAAUUCACCAUGAAUCGAGCACAACAACAACAAUUACAACAACAACAACAGUUACAACAACAACAACAGCCGGGUGAUCUUCACAAUCCUCGUUCAUCGAUGGUCUUCCCAGCCCAGGGAGGCGGCGGCGGUGGUGGUAAUAUGUUGGCUCAACAAAAGUCUAGUGCUAGUAUCCAUCAGCAAAUGCAGAUGGCAGCAGCGGCAGCUGUCAUGGCCGGACGGCGACAUGCUGGAUUGUCUGUGGGCAGUAUGCCCAGUAAGGGUGUUCAUCCGGGACAGAGGACCAUUUUGGUGACACAUCCAAUGCAGCUAAACAACAUGGGUGGGAUGUCAGUGCCGCUGCCAUCGUCACAACACCCUUUGGUUAAUUCGCCCUCUAGCGGAAACAUAUUUCAUCAUACCACAGGAGGUUCUCAGCGUGUUAAGUUUGCAGCCGAACCGCAAAAAAUGCACAACAAUAGCGGUCAUCAGAUGAAAUCAAAUCAUCAUAUGAAUAACGGUGGCGGACAAUAUUUGAAUAAUAACAACAACUGUCACAUCAAUGGUGGUGAUGCCUAUGCGCAGUUAUUGAGUUCAAAUCCGUUGCAGCGUUCGAAGUCAUUGUCAUCGGCUGACGCACUCACUCGUGGAAUUGCCGGAUUAGGGCUGGCUUUGGGCAAUGAAGUAACUGAUAUUGGACAAUUUCCACCAGAUAUUCAAACCCUGGUUGAUACUGCUUUGGAGGAUCCAAAUCAAUUGAAUUCUAGGUGCUUAAUGGAGCUAACAUCACAUUUUAUAAAACGUGCUGUUGAAGGUAGACGAUAUGCACUGCCAAUAUCUAGGUUGUGCUUGACUAUCAUUGCUAAGGAACAGAAGGAGACGUUUUUGGAGGCUCUGUUGAAUACGUGCCGGCAUUGGUAUCAGGAGAGAGAAAAGCUUCUCUAUACAAUUCAAGGAAUGAAGUCACCAUCUCGUGUACGUUUUACGGCCUUCAUGGCAUUUUUGACGGAAAUGUUUUGCCAACUUAAAAGACGUCAGUUGCAAUUACGUACCCAGUGCGAUGGUGCACCACCACCACUUGUUUUGCUCACUUUAUUGGCAAAGUGUUGUGAAGACUGCGUCACACCGCCAGUUAGAUCAUUGUCGGAGAUUGAAUGUUUAUUUUUCGUCCUAACUUGCAUUGGAAGAGAUUUAGAACAGCAAUUACCGCAACAAUUGGAAGUAUUGUUGUCGUUGGUGCGUGACGCUUUCUUAAAUGCAAGCGAUUCAGCCCCAGCUAUACGCCGAACUUUAUUACAAUUGAUUGAAUUACAAGCAUCACAUUGGCAACUGCCUGGCAACACUGUUCUUUAUUAUUAUCCGUCAUCUAAGUAAAAUGAAAUCGAUUAUCUCUUUCUCUUAUUUUUCUCAUCUUUCAUCUCUUUACAUAAUAAAAAUAAUAAUAAAUCACAAUUUUUAAAACUUUUGAAAUAGCAAUGAUAAACGCAUUUAUGGCAGAUGCAUGCAUGUAAACAUACCCUAAUUUAAAAAUCAAAAAAUAUUUUAGUAUUUAAUUAAUUAAUUAUUAUUUUCUAUUUAUUGCUUUAUUUAACUUAAAACAAAAAAAAUUAAUUUAAUUUUGCAGUAGGUACUAAGUGAAAUAUUAGAAGAUUUUUAACUGAACAAAAUCAUAAUUAUGAUGCAAAAUAUUUCACAAUGUACAAGUAUAUGAAACUAAUAAAAAUUAUUAACUACAACAAAAUAAAACAACAUCAAAGUAUAAACUAGUCAAACAAAAACAAAUUUAAAACAAAAGCAUGUUUAAAAUGAAUCAAAUUUCUCACAGAAAAUAAAAACAAUUUAAUAAUAUACUAAAACAAUUGUAGAACAACAAUGAUUUUUGUAAUAUGUGCCAAGAAUAAUUUAAACAAAAUAAAAAUUUGUGGUGUUUUUUAA